AUGGUUAACUGGUCAUCGAAUGCCGACGAAAGAGUGUUCGUCAAUCGUUCUCUCCGUUUGGAGAAGAUCACCCAUUUUGGGUUUGACAUGGACUACACUCUCAUCCAAUACAAGACACCAGAUAUGGAGUAUCUUGCAUUCAAUAUGGCUGUUCAAAGAUUGGUUGACACUGGUUACCCAGAAGAAAUCUUGAAUUUCAAGUAUGAUCCGAUCUUUCCAGUUCGCGGUCUCUGGUUUGAAUUCCAAUACGGGAACUUGCUCAAGGUCGAUGGAUUCGGAAACAUUCUUGGAGGAAUUCACGGGCUUCGUUUCUUGAAGAACCAUGAAAUUGAGGAGAUGUACCCAAACAAGUACCUUCCUCUGUCUGACUCUCGUGUCUAUGUCUUGAACACAUUAUUCAACAUGCCGGAGACCCAUCUUAUCUGUCAACUCAUCGACUUUUUCGACAAGCAGGACAAUUAUGCCCAACUCACUGAUAAGACCGGAGUGAAGGGUGGCGAAGUGAUGAUGUCAUACAAGUCGAUCUUCCAAGAUUUGAGAAGAGUCAUUGACUGGGUGCAUGUUGAGAGCACAAUGAAGAAGCAAGUGAUGGAUGAUCCGGAGAAGUAUGUCAUUCGUGAUGAGCGUGCACCACGCUUCUUGAGCCAACUGAGAGAGCAUGGAAAGAAGACGUUCCUUCUCACCAACAGCGACUGGGCUUACACUAAUGUGAUGAUGAAAUUCAUUCUCGGAGACGACUGGAAAAAGUACUUCAACAUUAUCGUUGUCGACUCCUGCAAGCCAAGAUGGUUUGCAGAGGGAACUGUUUUCAGAGAGGUCAAUAUUGAGACAGGAUCAUACAAGCUUGGAAUUCAUACCGGACCACUCCGAGAGGGAGUUGUCUACUCCGGAGGAUCUUGUGAUGCCUUCCAAAAAAUGAUGAAAUGCCGCGGAAAGGAAGUCCUCUACGUAGGAGAUCACAUCUUCGGAGAUGUUCUCCGCUCCAAGAAAUCCAGAGGAUGGCGUACUUUCUUGGUCGUCCCUGAACUUGUCAAUGAGCUGACUGUCUGGACCGACAGCAAGCCAUUGUUCGAUGAAAUGGGUCGUAUGGAAAGCAGCUUGGCUGAUAUUUACAAGAAUCUUGAUGGCGCUUCCCGUCACAAGCCAGUUGUCAAGGAUAUCGUUGAUCAGAUUAGAAAACUCACAAAUCAAAUGGAUGAAGAGUACGGAUGUCUGGGAAGUCUUUUCAGAACCGGUGGAAGAACUACUUUCUUUGCCGCUCAGGUUGAAAGAUAUGCUGACGUCUAUGCCUCGUCCUGUUACAACUUGGUACACUAUCCAUCGUUCUACUAUUUCCGUGCACCAAUGAAGUGUAUGCCACACGAGCUCACCGUCGACCAUGCAUCCACUUUGAGAUCCAGAUCUAACACCUUGGAACGUCAACAAAGUGUUGGUCAACAAGUUCGUGGAUGGAACAAGAAAACGUUGAACGAUCAAGAAACCUUCUGUCAUGAAGAAGAAGAAGAUGAGGAUCAAACAAACAGCAGCAGCAGUGAUGGAGAGGCGACGAAGCGUGAACGUACCAAGUCGGGCAGCGACGAAUCUUCGAACGCUGGCGACAUAUCUGCGGAGCCACUACACCAGGACGUUGUCACUCCAGCACCGGCAUUCGUCGAUCACACCGCUUAA